AUGCUCAUUUCAACUGAAAAUGAACAGAUCUCACUGGUUUCAGUUAGUGCAAAAGAGUCCUUUCAAACAUCUCACAUGGAAUCAAACCCAGAUUCCAUUGAUGGGCUUCCCCCAGUUUCUUAUUUUUCUGAUUCACCUCCUCUUCCCACCAUCUGUACUGAUGUCAAUGUCAUCCCCGAGCACGAAAAGAAUGAGCUUCAGCAGUCCAUAUCAAAUCUUGAAGGUGAAAUCUCACAGUUGAAGCUGAGGCAGAGGUUGUGGGAUGAGAAACGGAGAGAAGCUUUGAAUAAGAUUAUAGACAUCAAAGGCAGCAUUCGAGUGUUUUGUCGGGUCCGACCAUUUCUACUGAUGGACAAGAGAAGAAUCAGAGAACCCAUUUCAGCUGGAUCGGAGAAGAUUGUGGUUAAGUCAGCUGGAACAAGAAAAGGAUUUGACUUUGAUAAGGUUUUUCCUCAAGAAACCAGCCAAGAAGAUGUAUUUGCUGAGGUGAAACCAAUUCUCAGAUCUGCACUUGAUGGGCACAAUGUAUGUAUUUUUGCUCAUGGUCAAACUGGCACUGGCAAGACAUUUACCAUGGAUGGCACAAGUGAGCAUCCAGGAAUAAUUCCUCGAGCUCUCAAAGAGCUUUUCUGUCAAGCCUCUUUGGAUAGCUCAUCUUAUAUCACAUUUUCAAUGAGCAUGUUAGAAGUUUACAUGGGCAGUCUCAGAGAUCUACUCUCCCCAAAACCAGCUUGUAGGCCACAUGAAGCUGUAACAAGAUGCAAUCUCAACAUUCAAACAGAUCCAAAGGGAUUAGUGGAAAUCGAGGGUCUUACGGAAGUGCAAAUCGUUGAUUUUGCUAAAGCUAGAUGGUGGUAUAAUAGGGGGAGGAGAGUUAGAUCUACUUCUUGGACUAAUGUAAAUGAGGCAUCUAGCCGGUCUCACUGCUUAACGAGGAUAACCAUGUUCCGGCACGGGGAUGCUUCGGAAGCUAAAAGGGAAGUGGGUAAACUGUGGAUGGUUGAUCUUGGAGGAAGUGAACGGUUGCUUAAAACAGGAGCAACUGGACUAACACUUGAUGAGGGAAGGGCCAUAAAUCUCUCUCUUUCAGCUUUGGGUGAUGUCAUUGCUGCUCUAAGACGGAAGCGAGGCCAUGUGCCUUACAGGAACAGCAAGCUUACGCAAAUCCUGAAAGAUUCCUUAGGUGCUGGUUCGAAGGUUUUGAUGCUUGUGCAUGUCAGCCCAUGUGAAGAAGAUGUUGGGGAGACGAUAUGUUCUUUGAGCUUCGCUAAGAGAGCUAGAGCUAUAGAGUGUAAUAGGGAAUUAUCAGAGGACUUGAAGAGUCACAGGGAGAAAAGGGUCAAGGAACUUGAAGAAGACAUGAGAGAAGCUGAAGAAGAACGCCAUAAACUUAAAAACCAGAUACAAAAGGUCGAUUUGCUUUUACGCGAAAACAGAAAGCUCUUCUCAACCACUUAUGGACCUUUAGAAGAUGAGAAGGCCCCCAUUAGUCCCAAAGAAUAUCUGAAGGAAGCUGUAGAAAUGCCACGAAAGCCGGAGAAAACAAGUAAAGGCAAUGUUUCAAAUUCAUUGCCUCGGUUCAUGACUUCCACUGCAGCUAGUCGACAAAGGCAAAGUGCUGCAGAAAGAGAAGUUGUUGGUAAAGCAAGAAGUUUGAGGUCUCUGGCCAGAAGUUCAAUCCAAUUCACAGCCUCACAAUCAAUGAGUUACUCAGAUCCUCAAAUCAAAGCAAUCUUACAAAACUCAAACAGAAAAUCACGGUAUGCCCAGGAAGCAGCAGAUACUCUCCCUGCAGAGAGCCCGAAAUGCAAUGUCUCGGAAUCAUCCAAGACGCGAAGCAAGUUGGUCACCUCAUCUGAUCCAAACUUGAGAGUUACACUUGGUCGUCAUAGAAGAAGGAUGUCUGAUCUAAUCUAA